AUGGAGCUCUUGGGGUCCACCCAGACGGCGACGUACACGCGUCCCAAAACCAGCCACUUCCUGCCGGCCAUCUCCACCAUGGCGUCCAGCUACCGCUCCGCCCACCAGCACCCCCUCUCCUCCUCUGCCGCCGGCGUUGUCAUGGGCGCCGCCGCGGGCAACCAGCACAUCGGCACGCCCUGGCGGACCAAUACCUACUACCGCACGGGCAGUGCGGUGCCCACCUUGUCCUCCGUGCCGCGGGACACCCUGGAGCUGGUGAGGGCCAAGACCACGCUCUUCCCCUCCAACCGUCAGGCGCUGACAGCCCGGUACACGCCGGACGACUGGUACAAGUCCAACCAGAUCAACUACCGGGAGUCGGAGUCGUCCAGGAACAGCGCGGAGCGUCUUCGCCGGGACACGGUGCGGCUGAUGCAGGACAAGGACCAGCUGACGCGGCGCACGCAGGAGACCACCAGCCGCAACCUGGGCGAGAGGGUGAACGACAUCAGCUUCUGGCGCUCGGAGCUCCACCACGAGGUGGACAACAUGGUGAACGAGAUCGCGGCGCUCGUGGAGGUGAAACGGCGGCUGGAGAGGGCGCUGGCCGAAACCGAGUCACCGCUGCAGGUGGCGCAGGAGUGUCUGUACCACAGGGAGAAGAGGAUGUCCAUCGACCUCGUCCACGACGACGUGGAGAAAGACCUGAUUAGGGAGGUGGAGACCAUCAAGUCGUGUCAGGAGAGGAUGAGGAGGCAUCUGGACAGAGCUGUGGCCCAGCUGGCAGCCAACCGGGCCGCGCAGCACGAGCUGGAGCGCGACCUGAGUGACAAGGUGGCCGCCCAGCGCAUCGACGACCGGUGCCACCACCUGCGCAACACCUCCGACGGCAUCAGCUUCUACCGCGGCAUCGAUCGCCUCGACCCGGCACUCUCCCUUCCAGACACUUGGUCCAAGUUCACGGACGACAACAUCCUGCACUCUCAGAGUCAGCGUGCGGCGUCCCAUAAGCUGCGCGACGACAUCGAGCUGCUGCUCAACAGCACGUCUAACGACAUGUGGAAGCAGUUCAACUCCGUCAACGUGGCGUUCACCUCCCGCAUCUCCGAAACCGCAGACGCCAAGAACUCACUGCAGACUCACCUGGCCAAGACCCUGCAGGAGAUCUUCCAGACGGAGAUGCUGAUCGAGUCUCUGAGGAGGGCCAUCAAGGACAAGGAGAACCCGCUGAAGGUGGCCCAGACCAGGCUGGAGGAGAGGACGCGCAGGCCCAACGUGGAGCUAUGCAGAGACUACCCCUAUCACAGGUUGGUGGGGGAGGUGCGCGAGAUCGAGGACACCAUCCUGUGUCUGCGGGAGCGCCUGAUGGAGGCGGAGGGCACGCUGCAGACGCUGGUGAAGGCCAAGGUGGCCCUGGAGCACGACCUCUCCAUCAAGGCCAACUCGCUCUUCCUGGACCAGGAGAAGUGCAUGAGCAUGCGCAAGACCUUCCCCAGCACGCCGCGCCUUGUGGGAUACUCCUAAUGUGAACACUAGCGCACUACCUACCUAGUGUACACUACCUACCUAGACUACACUA